AUGGUAAGAAGGCCAUUCCAUCAUUUCUUUGGCUGGAGCCUUGAAGAGUUUGCAUCACUGUCAGUCUUUCCGGAUCAGAACAUACCUUCCCUUGCACCAAGGCUGAAUACAUCUUUCAGACCCGGUGUGACCUCAGCAUCAGUGCAGGUAGAGCACAUACUGUAUAUAUACAGUAAGGACCCCCCUCCAUAUUACACUGUGUGUGCGGUGGAAGCGCAGGAGAGGAUUAAGAUAUGUGGCAGGGAGCUGAUACGUUUGGCUGUCUCCUCCUGUGGAAACCCCCGCUUGAGGAGGAGCGCUGUUGACGGAGGAGUGGAGCAGCAUCAGUACGCUUCGUCCUGGGCUGACCAUGAUGGCGAUGUUUACACGGAGGAGCCAGAGACCGCUCACAGGCCAUCGGUCGUCUCCUCAUCAGUACUUGGCUACUUUGCGUCCGCUCGCCUCAGACGAGCUGUUGGCAAAAUAUCUGAUAUUUGCUGUGAGAACGGAUGCAGCAUGAAGGAGCUGAUCCAGUUCUGCUAGACGCUGGCAGGACCAUGACAGACUUGGGUUCACAUGAAAUCAAUCCGGUCUGUGACAAGUGACAAGUGGGCUAAUCAUUUAGAUCAUAAAUAAUGAUUCAUUUGAACACAGUUGCAUUAGGCUUAAUGGAGAUAUUAUUAUUUUUAUGAUGAUUAUUAUUAUUAUUAUUACUGCUUGUAUUGAUAUGGUAUAUUUAUUCUUCUAUCCCCAUUGUUCUACUCAAGUACUGAUUAGGAACAAUAAAAUCUAUCAUUAUAUUUCAUUUCUUGUCCUAUAUGUUUGUGCUCUAACUUUCUCUCACAUACAAAAAAUAUUAUAAAUAUGUAUAUAUAUCAUAUAAAUAAUUUGGAAUAUUCGAAAUAUAUAUUAUAAAUAUAAAUAUGUGCCAAUUCUUUCCUCACUUUAACAAAGAUUUCUAUUUUCCAACCGCAAUGGUACAGACUCCAUGCAAAUACUCUAUGACAGGGGUCUCAAACACGCGGCCCGCGGGCAAAAUGUGGCCCGCAGAACGCUAGUUUAGGCCCCCGCCUUGAUAUGAAAGUUUAAUGUUAGUUUGAUAUGGAUGCUGUAUGGUAUCAUGUACCCAG